CAGUGCAACAAACCGCAUCAUCCGAAGUGGCGGCGACAGGUGCGGGUCGAGCAGUCACUUUUGCUCCCGAAAAAAAGGUUACCUCGCGCAUCAAAACAAGGAAGACCAGCCAACAGACGAAAUCGCCAACCUCAAUAUCAGUGAGGCAAACGACAUCCUCCGAAGAGAUGGAGACAGAAGAAAGCACUGAUCCGACGUCGUCGCGCACGCCCUCAACAUCCCGCAAGCGACGAGCUAAGAUGACGCACACUUCGCCGGAGCCUACUACGACGCGAACGUCCCAUCCGAAAAGAACGACACCAGGAAAGGCUCAAGUUCCGUCCACUUUGGCACCCGCGACAUUGAAGCCUUCACCGCGAGCAAAACCUCCACUGAUCGUCUGCGUAAUGGGAGGCCAGCUUCGCAGCACUGUGCCUCCACCAGAUGGCCUGUGCACCUUCGUAAUUUUCGAACACGUUCGAGUUGCGAAGAAAUCGGAUGACUUCGUCGCGUCUUCCAACCAGGAGGCCUUCGACAACUUUUUGAAGAUGGCGGCAGGCAACAAAGUGGAACAGUUCCUGCUUUCCCUGACAUCUGACUUGGAGUACGACGAGAGCCUCGAGGUAGGCGACCGUGCCGAAGCCAUCAUGCGGAGGUACCACGACCAGAACGUGCGGGGCUACGGGUUCGCGCACCACCGAGUGGUCAGCACGGGCAUCGACAGCGGCAAGCUGUGGAAGCAUCACAGCAUGCUCUCCAACCUGAGGCAGUGGUCGAAAUAUCCGCUUGUCCUGUUCAUAGGGCUCGAAAUCUACCACCACCGAAGCUACUCCGACGUCUACGUCACAGGACUCGUCGCUGAAGCAGCCGUAUCCAUGGAUUUCCUGAUCCUCCGAACACACGUAACCACGCCACCCGGCUUGGCAUCGCAGCGUUGUCAAGUGGAACUCAUCAGCACCUGGACGAAGGACACCCUCAAUGACAAGGUGCUCUUGACUGUGGAAGAAGCUGCCAGCGUCGUGAAUUCGUCGAGACUGGAGCGUGAUUUGAAGGUGCCUCUGCUGUUGUCGGACUCAAUGGCCGUGGUGGAGUACGAGGUCGACAAGGACCCACAGGCACGGCAGCCUCGCCUCCUGAGUCUCAAAUGCAGCAAGCGUACCCUCCAGCCAUUCCACACGGUGUGCGAAUCAAACUCCACAUACCUGAAAGGAGGACGGACAAAGCCGACAUUCUGCCACUACGAUGACGAUCCUGAGAAGGGCCGCUGGAGAACGUACAAGACAGCCAUUGACAUGGUGAACGAAAUUGUGUCUGUGAAGAACACUGCUCAUUCGUUGGUGGCUGAGAACUUCGGCUGGGCGUUCUACGACGUCGACCUGGAGGACUACCGUGGCGACUGCGCAGUCUACUGGAGAAUCAACCGUGGGGCCUCCGGAGACAGCAAAGCAGCGGCCUACUACAGGCUGAAGAACGCCGUGCAAGAGCUGAGCUCACUCAACCGCAAGAUGCCGGACGAUCUGAAAAUACAGGAAGGCGAAGGUGUUUCUGAAAGCGGACCAAAAGAAGGGGCUGCCUCCAAACAGCAACAUCCUCGUCACGAGGAAUUUGAAAUCGCUGCCUUGAAGUAA